AGGAGAUGGAGUCAGUGUAACUCCCUCCCUCCCUCUCUCUCUCUCUCUGUGCCUGAUCCUCUGGAGGAGCGAGCAGCCUGCUGUUGGAAGCGCAGGAGAGUCUCUGGAGUCACCAAGGACCGGCGGAUAUGACCGACUGACAUUCACACUUUCUUUCUCAUUUUUUAACCCCAGACUUCAAUGGCUUUGAAAGAGAGCCUCCUCACCUGGGGAUUCCUGCUGUGGUCUAUGACGUGGAGCUCGGCUCAGACUUUCACGCCACAUGAAGGGUCUUCGGUCAGUCCCAUUUUUCAUCGAACAACUCCACCUGACACAGAGAGGGGGAUGAACAGCACUGAAGCUCCCACGAACAAUUACACAGUCCUGAGCUGCGCAUCGCUGCUGCCCCCACGGCGAGGUUCUUUCUAUGUAGAGAAGGGCAGUGGGAUGUCCGUGGGCACGGUGUUGGCGUUCUGGUGCCUCGAGGGGUACCAGCUGGUGGGCAGCGAGAAAAUCACCUGUGUCCUGCGCAGCAACACCGCUCAGUGGAGCAACUACCCGCCUGACUGCGAGGCCAUUCCCAAACCAGAGGACCGUGGGCUGAGAGUGGCCGUGCUGGCAUCGGUAGUGAGCAGCAUCGUCAUCCUCGCCAUGUCCGUGUCCUUCAUUAUCUGCUGCCUGCAGGAGCGCAUGAGCAAAGGGAGGGCAGAACGGACAGACGGACGGGGCAGAAUGAGAGACAAGCGCAAAUCAUCCUGGAGGAGUGAGUGCUGGCUGGAGAGAGAUGAAGGAGACUGGGAAGCUUUUCCUCCACCUAAAAUUUACAAUCUUUCCCAGCACCUUGACCCCCAUUUGACCCCUGAGAGCCCGGUAUAUAUGGGGGGACUGGCUGGUUAUGAUAACCGCGGGUAUCAGAGGAGUCAGGAAAACCUCCUAAAAGCUCCUCUUCCUGGGCUUUACCGUACGGAAAGUCAGAUGUACCCUCAUGUGGUCCUGCAGAGGGUGCCCACACCCACUGUACCGACUGCACCCAGUGCGCCCAUCUACCUCCGCCUCUCCACCCCUCCGCCCACAGAAAGCCCCACCGAACAGCCUGCUCUGCCGCCGUACCCCAAUGCCACUCCACAGCGUCUGUGGCCAUAG